UAUGUUAUGUACUGUAGACUACGGUAUGUACUGUAGACUACGGUAUGUUAUGUAGACUACGGUAUGUACGGUAUGUACUGUAGACUACGGUAUGUACUGUAGACUACGGUAUGUACUGUAGACUACGGUAUGUUAUGUAGACUACGGUAUGUUGUGUACUGUAUGCUAUGUAGACUACGGUAUGUACUGUAGACUACGGUAUGUACUGUAGACUACGGUAUGUUAUGUAGACUACGGUAUGUACUGUAGACUACGGUAUGUACUGUAGACUACGGUAUGUACUGUAGACUACGGUAUGUACUGUAGACUACAGUAUGUUAUGUAGACUACGGUAUGUACUGUAGACUACGGUAUGUUAUGUACUGUAGACUACGGUAUGUUGUGUACUGUAUGCUAUGUAGACUAUGGUAUGUUAUGUAGACUGCGGUAUGUUAUGUACUGUAAUACAUGAUGUGCUUUUCUUAAAUGGACAGGAAUGAUAUGAAUGUUUCAGACUUAUACUGUUGAUUAGAUGGGCUUUGAGAAAUACAUCUCAUGAACUGAAUAAAGAUUGGUAUUUUAUUAGGAUCCCCAUUAGCUGUUGUGAAAGCAGCAGCUACUCUUCAUGGGGUCCACAUGAAACAUGAGAUGAUACAGACUUUUUUUGAAACCAGGUUUGCUGUUCAUUUGAGCAAUAUGAUAUGGAAGGGAGUUUGAUGUAAUAACAGCUCUAUAUAAUACUGUAUGUGUUCUGGAUGUGGGGGUAUUGUGAAAAGCAGGUAGCCCUGUUUGAUAAGAAUGCAUGUGUUAGUCAUGUUCUAUGUCUAUUUUGAGUUAAAAGAUAUGUCUAGGUAAUAAAAUGUUAACCUUGUCUAAAAUAAAACCAGAAUCGUUUUCAAUAAUUCACAGUCAUCAUAGCUGAGUAAGAGGUAGCCUUAACAGCUGCUAGUUGGCACUCUUUGCCUUUAUUUUUAUGGUGUCUACAGGACACUACAGAGAAAUAGUAAUGGCAUCUUUUUGUAGGCACUAACUCCGGCAUGGUUCUUAGGACAGAUCUUAUGGAGAAAAUGAAUGGCGUUUUUGGAUAAACGACGAAAAUAAGUUGGUGACUAUGUCCUGCGACAACCAGCAAGGAGACCAGUCGGCCUUGAAGAAGAGAAUAUGUGACUUUUUAAAGGUGAAGAAACAAGGAUCCACUGCCCUCCAGAUAGCUAAGGCUGUUGGACUGAAGACGGCCAAGGAUGUAAACAGUGUCCUGUACGCUUUAAACAAAGCUGGACUUCUUUAUGCAACACCAGACAACCCACCAGUCUGGUCUGUGAGUGUUCCAGAGUCAGAUCGAGUGCCUAGUCCUUCUGAGACCCCUGGCAUCACAGUGGAGGAACUGAGGAGGGUGCUGGCGUCAAAGAGUGAUGGAAGAGGGAUGAGUGCGCCACAAAUUGCCAGAGAAUUGGGCCAAUCACAAAAAUUAGUGAAUAUGUCCUGCGACAACCAGCAAGGAGACCAGUCGGCCUUGAAGAAGAGAAUAUGUGACUUUUUAAAGGUGAAGAAACAAGGAUCCACUGCCCUCCAGAUAGCUAAGGCUGUUGGACUGAAGACGGCCAAGGAUGUAAAAAGUGUCCUGUACGCUUUAAACAAAGCUGGACUUCUUUAUACAACACCAGACAAACCACCAGUCUGGUCUGUGGAGAAACCAGGGACGGCGUCAGUCUCUGUGAGUGUUCCAGAGUCAGAUCGAGUGCCUAGUCCUUCUGAGACCCCUGGCAUCACAGAGGAAGAACUGAGGAGGGUGCUGAUGUCAAAGAGUGAUGGAAGAGGGAUGAGUGCGCAAGAAAUUGCCAGAGAAUUGGGACAAACACGAAAAUUUGUGAAUAAGCAUCUUUAUGACCUGCAAAGUAGCGGCAAGGCAGAAAAGUUGGGAGAGAAAGUGUGGAAAAUGAAGGAUGAAGCAAGCUGUGGAGGAGAGCUUAUUAAAUACCAGAGUUAUGGUCAAGAUAUUUCCAUCACACCAAGUAGGCCGCUCUUUAUUACAUCAAACUGUUCCUAGAUGACCCAGAGGACUACCUGACCCAGAGGACUACCUGACCCAGAGGACUACCUGACCCAGAGGACUACCUGACCCAGAGGACUACCUGACCCAGAGGACUACGAUCCCAUUCUCCUCUGAAGAAAUUGAGAAAAAUGCAUAUUACCUAACAAGCUACCCUCACUAUUAAAACAUUUACCAUAGUCUACCCUCACUAUUAAAACAUUUACCAUAGUCUACCCUCACUAUUAAAACAUUUACCAUAGUCUACCCUCACUAUUAAAACAUUUACCAUAGUCUACCCUCACUAUUAAAACACUCACCAUAGUCUACCCUCACUAUUAAAACACUCACCAUAGUCUACCCUCACUAUUAAAACAUUCACCAUAGUCUACCCUCACUAUUAAAACACUCACCAUAGUCUACCCUCACUAUUAAAACACUCACCAUAGUCUACCCUCACUAUUAAAACACUCACCAUAGUCUACCCUCACUAUUAAAACAUUUACCAUAGUCUACCCUCACUAUUAAAACACUCACCAUAGUCUACCCUCACUAUUAAAACAUUUACCAUAGUCUACCCUCACUAUUAAAACAUUUACCGUAGUCUACCCUCACUAUUAAAACACUCACCAUAGUCUACCCUCACUAUUAAAACAUUCACCAUAGUCUACCCUCACUAUUAAAACACUCACCAUAGUCUACCCUCACAACACAUAUUGGAUGGAAACACGUACGCUGUGCAGAAUAUGGGGUAAGACCAGAGGAGAACGACUGCCCCCUCUCAUUGAAGCCACAAAGUUCAAGGCUGAGCCUGGUACUGCAGGCAUUUAUAGCAUUUAACCAGGAUCCCAAUUAUAGUGAAUGGAAAAAUGGCAAUCUGUGGAAAACCUUGAAAAAAACAUUUAUAAUUCAAAGACAAUUAUGUUUACCAAUAGUUGCUUCUAAUACACCAGAUGUCCUUGAACCGAUUUGUUUUAAAAUCACACACAGAAGAAGUUAUAUGGAUAGUUCAGUUGCUAAUGGCAGCCUGCAGUACCUCGGUCGGCCUUCAACAUGAGUUACUCAAUGAGAGGGGGCAGCACUGAGCCAGCCUGCAACGUCACUUCCAGGAGGAGCUCAAAGUGCUCAUGUUAUGAAUCCAUGAGACACAAUGUGCCAUUGAGUCUUCACAUAGGAAUGAACGGUGUCAUAUGAUCAAUGGCUUUGUCCAUUCAUAUAUACAGUCAUUGGCUAAGACAUUACUGUCCCCAUUCUGUUCCCCCUAAACAUGUUAUGAAUAGUGUGUAUCCAUCCCUCGUGCCUUGUUGUGUGUCUUCUGUAUGCUAUAGUUGAUGCUAAUUAGCAACUAUCAGCUGUUCAUUUACAUGUUGUAAUUAUGAGCCUUUCUCUUACAGAGAAGCAAAUCGUGAAGUGAAAGCACUGGCUACCUUGGAACAUUCUAACAUUGUUCGCUACUAUACGACUUGGCCUGAGGAUGCCAAUUGGGUCGAUAGGGGCUACAGCACAGAGUUAGAAAAGACACUAUUAUUAUGUCUAAUUUUGCCAUUUAGAUGAGUUAAUUUGUGAUCAUCAAAAAUGUUAAAUUCUGGAGCGUAUUAUUGCGUUCAACUCUUAGGUUUUCGGUCCUGUCUAAAAUCUCAGAAGACUCAGAUUUAGACCUUUCUGAAACAGCCAGCGAAGACCAAGCAAACCACUCAAUGACCGAUUCCAGCUCAAGGUGAAUCACUUUACCGUUAUGUGUUCAUUUAUCAAUUCAGUUGGCCGAAUGUCCCUGAGAAAGUUUCUUGACUUCUGUAUUUGUCUGUUUUUUUCAAUAGGCUACUACAUCUGUCAUAUUCUAGAAUGAUAUUCAAUAGGCUACUACAUCUGUCAUAUUCUAGAAUGAUAUUCAAUAGGCUACGUCUACAUCCCGGAUGCCUUAGCCGUGUCUGAAUCCUGGCUUAGGAAGACCACCAAAAACCCUGAAAUUUCCAUCCCUAACUAUAACAUUUUUCGACAAGAUAGAAGUGCCAUAGCGGGUGGAGUUGCAAUCUCCUGCAGAGAUAGCCUGCAGAGUUCUGUCUUACUAUCCAGGUCUGUACCAAAACAAUUUGAGCUUCUACUUUUAAAAAUCCACCUUUCCAGAAACAAGUCUCUCACCGUUGCCGCCUGCUACCGACCCCCCUCAGCCCCCAGCUGUGCCCUGGACACCAUAUGUGAAUUGAUUGCCCCCCCAUCUAUCAUCAGAGCUCGUACUGUCAGGUGACCAAAACUGACCUAAACUGGAACAUGCUUAAUACCCCGGCCAUCCUACAAUCUACGCUUGAUGCCCUCAAUCUCACACAAAUUAUCAACGAACCUACCAGUUACAACCCCAAAUCCGUAAACACAGGCACCCACAUAGAUAUCAUCCUAACCAACCUGCCCUCCAAAUACACCUCUACUGUCUUCAACCAGGAUCUCAGCGAUCACUGCCUCGUUGCCUGCAUCCGUAAUGGGUCUGCGGCUAAACGGCCACCCCUCAUCACUGUCAAACACUUCCUAAAAUACUUCAGCGAGCAGGCCUUUCUAAUCGACCUGGCCCGGGUAUCCUGGAAGGAUAUUGACUUCAUCCCGUCAGUAGAGGAUGCCUGGUUAUUCUUUAAAAGUGCCUUCCUCGCCAUCUUAAAUAAGCAUGCCCCAUUCAAAAAAUGUAGAACCAGGAACAGAUAUAGUCCUUGGUUCACUCCAGACCUGACUGCCCUUGACCAACACAAAAAAUCCUGUGACGUACUGCAUUAGCAUUGAAUAGCACCCGCGAUAUGCGACUUUUCAGGGAUAUUAGGAUCCACAGUCAGUUAGGAAAGCAAAGGCCAGCUUUAUCAAACAGAAAUUUGCCACAGAAAGGUGAGAAAAAAAGUCCAUGUAGAAUAAGAGCACCUCCUCCCAGCUGCCCACUGCACUGAGGCUAGAAAACAGUCACCACCAAUAAAUCCACAAUAAUUGAGAAUUUCAAUAAGCAUUUUCUAUGGCUGGCCAUUCUUUCCAACUGGCUACCCCUACCCCGGUCAACUGCCCUGCACCCACUACAGAAACUUGCCCAAGCCUCCCCAUUUCUCCUUCACCCAAAUCCAGAUAGCUGAUGUUCUGAAAGAGCUGCAAAAUCUGGACCCCUACAAAUCACCCGGGCUAGACAACCUGGACCCUCUCUUUCUAAAAUUAUCCGCCGAAAUUGUUGCAACCCCUAUUACUAGCCUGUUCAACCUUUCUUUCGUAUCGUCUGAGAUCCCCAAAGAUUGGAAAGCUGCCGCGGUCAUCCCCCUCUUCAAAGGGGGAGACACUCUAGACCCAAACUGCUACAGACCUAUAUCUAUUCCACCCUGCCUUUCAAAGGUCUUCGAAAGCCAAGUUAACAAACAGAUCACCGACCAUUUAGAAUUCCACCAUAUUUUCUCCGCUUUGCAAUCUGGUCAUGGGUGCACCUCAGCCACGCUCAAGGUCCUAAGCGAUAUCAUAACCGCCAUCGAUAAGAGACAUUACUGUGCGGUGGUAUUCAUCGACCUGGCAAAGGCCUUCGACUCUGCCAAUCACUGCAUUCUUAUCGGCAGAUUCAACAGCCUUGGUUUCUCAAAUUACUGCCUCGCCUGGUUCACCAACUACUUCUCAGAGUUCAGUGUGUCAAAUAGGAGGGCUUGUUGUCCGGACCGCCGGCAGUCUCUAUGGGGGUGCCACAGGGUUCAAUCAGACUCAAGCCGACUCUUUUCUAUGGAAACAUCAAUGAUGUCGGUCUUGCUGCUGGUGAUUCUCUGAUCCACCUCUACGCAGACGACACCAUUCUGUAUACUUCUGGCCCUCCUUUGGACACGGUGUUAACUAACCUCCAGACGAGCUUCAAUGCCACUCUCCUUCCGUGGCAUUCAACUGCUCUUAAAUGCAAGUAAAACUAAAUGCAUACUCUUCAACCGAUCGCUGCCCACACCUGCCCAGCAUCACUCCUCUGGACGGUUCUGACUUAGAAUAUUUGGACAACUACAAAUACCUAGGUGCCUGGUUAGACUGUAAACUCUCCUUCCAGACUCACAUGAAACAUCUCCAAUCCAAAAUUAAAUCUAGAAUUGGCUUCCUAUUUCCCAACCAAUCAUCCUUCACUCAUGCUGCCAAACAUACCCUCGUAAAACCGACUAUCCUACCGAUCCUCGACUUCGGGCGAUGUCAUUUACAAAAUAUCCUCCAACAUUCUACUUAGACUGCAUCCAAUUUGCUUUCACAGUGCCAUCCGUUUUGUCACCAAAGCCCCAUAUACUACCCACCACUGCGACCUGUAUGCUCCUGUUGGCUGGCCCUCGGUUCAUAUUUGACGCCAAACCCACUGGCUCCAGGUCAUCUACAAGUCUUUGCUAGGUAAAACCCCGCUUUAUCUCAGCUCACUGGUCACCAUAGCAGCACCCACCCGUAGCAUGCGCUCCAGCAGGUAUAUCUCACAUCACCCCCAAAGCCAAUUCCUCGUUUGACCGCCUUUCGUUCCAGUUCUCUGCUGCCCAUGACUGGAACGAAUUGCAAAAAUCCCUGAAGCUGGAGACUCAUAUCUCCCUCACUAGCUUUAAGCACCAGCUGUCAGAGCAGCUCACAGAUCACUGCACUUGUACAUAGCCCAUCUGUAAAUAGCCAAUCUAACUACCUCAUCCCAUAUUGUAAUUUAUUUUAUUUAUUUUGCUCCUUUGAACCCCAGUAUCUCUACUUGCACAUUCAUCUUCUGCACAUCUACCAUUCCAGUGUUUAAUUGCUAUAUUGUAAUUAUUUCGCCACUAUGGCCCAUUUAUUGCCUUACCUCUCUUAUCUUACCUCAUUUGCACACGCUGUUUAUAGACCCUUUCGAUUGUAUUAUUGACUGAACGUUCAUUUAUUCCAUGUGUAACUCUGUAUUUGUUGCACUGCUUUGCUUUAUCUUGGCCAGGUCGCAGUUGUAAAUGAGAACAUUGUUCUCAACUGGCCAACCUGGUGAAAUAAAUAAAAAAUAAAAAUCCCCAAAAUAUCUGUCAUAUUCUACAAUGAUAUUCAAUAGGUAGCUACGUCUGUCAUAUUCUACAAUAUGUGUGUGUAUGUGACCAAUAAACUUGAUUUUAUUUGAUAACCA